GAGGAGGAGAGGAGGAUGGAGGAGCAAAUUGCAAGGGUGGUGGUGUUGGGGGUGAUUUCAUGGACGACGGGGUUUCUGUUAGUACGAAGGAUGUUUCCGAAGCGAUCGUUCGACUUCUGCAACCGCCUUGUUUCCACAGUUCAUGCAGCUGUGGCUGUCACUUUAGCUUCCCUCUCUGUUAAAGACUGGAACUGCCCUAUGUGCCCUCUGGCUUCAACUUCUUCUCCUCCUCAGAUGAAAGCACUGGCUGCGAGCCUUUCGUAUCUCAUAUACGAUCUGGUUUGUUGCCUCUUUGAUAAGAAAUUCAAUCCUGAUAAUUUCUUCCACCAUUUGGUCAGCAUUGUUGGCAUUGGAGCUGGCCUUUCCUACCAAAAGUGUGGGUCGGAGAUGGUGGCAGCAUUGUGGAUAACAGAGCUGUCCAGCCCCUUCCUCCAUAUAAGGGAGCUUCUCAAAGAGCUUGGUUACAGAGACACCGAUCUAAACCUAGCAGCCGAUAUUUUAUUUGCAGUUAUAUUCACGGUUGCGAGGAUGGUAGGCGGGCCUUAUCUCACCUAUGUGACUCUGUCUGCUAACAACCCGUUCAUCAUCAAGGCAAUGGCGGCGGGGUUGCAGCUGGUGAGCGCUUUCUGGUUCUACAAGAUUGCGAGGAUGGUCAAAUACAAAUUGACCAAGAGGACGAUGACUACUACUGCUUCUAGUAAACGAGUCGAUCCCCAAACCCAUGAAACACACACCAAUUGAAAUUUAAUUAGUUUUUACGGAAGUUACCAAACAAUUAAUUGGUAUGUUUUAUGGAGUUAUAUGUCCUGGAUGAUAAGUUUUGUGAACAACACUGCGUUUUAAAUUCCAAUGUACGUAAAGUAAAAACAGUAGGGUGAUGCUAUUCACACUCAUUUUUACAUCUCAUACAUCUCUUUUAAUUUUUAGUCGUCGGAUCGAAUCAAUUGAAGAAGAUCAAUGGACAAAAAUUAACAUGGGUGUGUGAGAAAAAAAUGUAUGUGAUACACUAUCCUAAAAAUAGGAAAAUACUAGAAAGACCACAUUUGUGUACCAAUUGGAAUUUGAUUGGCGACUGAUUGGGGUUUA